AUGGUGCAGAGGUUUUAUGAAAAGACAUCCAGAGAUCACAUUUGGAAUGCUGAUGAAACUGGUGUUCGGGCUAAUCGUUCUGGAGGUGUCAAAGUGUUGGCUGCUCGAGGUGCAAGAUCUUAUUACCGAAUUGUCCCAAACAACACAGAGCACAUGACUGUUCUAGUGGCCAUAAAUGCAGUAGGUGGACGAAUACCUGGCUUUUAUAUCUUCAAAGGUGAGCGGAGGAUGCAAAAUUGGAUUGCAGAUUGUGAAGUUGGAGCUGCAUUUGCCAUCAGCAAGAAAGCCUGGAUGACAGACAAUUUGUGGCCACAGUGGCUUGAACACUUUGUGAAAUUAGUACUUGGUGGAUGCUUGCCUACAAACCACCAUGCUCUGAUUGUUGAUGGCCACAGAUCCCAUGUCACAAAGGUUGCACUUGACACAGCAAGAAUGUUAGGUGUGGAUGUGAUUCUUCUUCCAGCACAUACUUCUCACCACAUGCAGCCAUUAGACAUUGCAUGUUUUGGGCCAUACAAGCGUUAUUUCAGGCAGUGCGUGGAUGAACACACUCUUGGACAUCUAGGACACGAAGUCAAUUGUCAAGAUCUUGCACAGUUAUCCAGUAGAGCCAUGGCUAUGGCUCUAACACCUACAAACAUCUAG